CUCAGUCUCAGGCAAGAAAGUGGAGGAGGAGGGGGAGAGGGCAGAGCAGGCAAAGGGUCCCUUUGCUCAACAUGGGUCCCCCGCAGCUCUGGCUGCUCCUGCUACUGAGCAGUGGUGCUUGGACACAAGAUGAUGGCUCUGAAAAUACAAAUCCACUUUGUUCAAGAGAAACAACCAGGUUUAAGCAUCUCAGAAAAUAUGUCUAUAAUUAUGAAGCAGAAACGACAAGUGGGGUGACAGGAACAGCAGAUACACGCAGUGGCUCCAAAAUUGUCUGCAAGGUUGAGCUGGAAGUCCCUCAACUAUGUCAUUUCAACCUAAGGACAAGCCAGUGUAGCCUCCGCGAGGUGUCUGGUAUUAAUCCUGAGGGAGAAGCUCUGCUGAAGAAAUCAAAGAGCUCAGAUGACUUUGCCAUGGCCAUGUCCAAGUAUGAGCUAAAAUUCACAAUUAAGGAUCGGAAUGAAGUCCAGCUGUAUGCUGAGGAUGAUGAACCUAUGCACAUACUCAACAUCAAGAGAGGCAUCAUCUCUGCUCUUAUAGUGCCAUUAGAGACAGACUCUGAAGCCCAGACAUUAACUAUGGAUACUGUCUAUGGGAAAUGUGAGAGUGAAAUCAAAAACAGGAGGAAUGGUGCUGCCACUGUAGGAGAAAUUGAGAUCAAGAGAGAUCUGAAAUCCUGUGACAAUUUUAUACCCAUCAGAGAUUUCGUCAGCCCGAUCGCCCUCAUUAAAGGCUUGAAUGCUCCAUUAUCCACCUUGAUAAGCAGCAAGCAGCAUUGUCAGUAUACAAUUGAUCCCAAGAAAAGGCAUAUCUCUGGAGCAGUCUGUUCUGAGAAGCACUUGUUUCUGCCUUCCUCAUACAAGAAUCAAUAUGGCAUGAUGGCAACUGUCAAGCAGGUUUUGAGAAUUGAAGACACCCCCAAAAUCAACAACAGAGAAAUGGAUGUCUAUGGCCUGCGAAAAAGACAGCUGUCCUUGGAAGGUGUCGAGACCAAGUCCUCCAAGAAUGAUGCUGUUCUGAAAAUCCUCCAGGAACUGCAGAGACUCUCAGUCACCCAGCAAAACCAGAAAAGAGCCAGCCUCUUCUACCGAUUUGUAACUGGGCUGAGGGUCUUGCACAAUGAAACUCUGGGUCCUCUGGUGCCAAAGCUGAUGGAAACUUCCAGUUCCAUCACGAUACAGGCUCUAAGUCAGUGUGGCACCCUAGAAUGCUAUGGAGCUCUCCUCCAAAUACUGAGGACCAGCAAUGUUGAUCCGCUUAUAGCAGAUACCAUCACGUACAGCUUGGGGCUACUAUCUUCUCCCUCUACCAGGAUGAUACAGGAACUCCUUAACAUGGCCCAAUAUCAGCAAAGUCGAGGAACUUUUUAUGCCUUGAGUCAUGCAGUAAAUAGAUUCUAUCGUGAAAUAGGCCCUCUGCAAAAAGAAAUAAAUGAUGUGGCAAAUUUUAUGAUAUCACUGAUUGGCAACGAAUGCUCCAAUGAAGAUGAACUCACCUACCUGACUUUGAAGGCUAUUGGCAACAUGGGAAAUGCACUGGACGAGAACAAUGCCGAUCUGAAAAACUCUGUAAAAACAUGUAUUAGAAGUAAUGCUGCAUCCCCUGAAGUCCAGAAAGCAGCUAUUCAGGCACUGAGGAAAAUGACUAUAAAUGAUGAGGAUCGAGGACUUCUCGUUAAGGUCCUCCAAGAAGCUUCUUCUCCAGUUGAUAAACGGCUGGCAGCUUAUCUAAUGCUGAUGAGAAAUCCUUCCACCUCUGACAUCUCCAAAGUCAUUAAAACUCUUCAGAGGGACAAGAAUGAACAAGUGAAAAGCUUCAUUGCCUCUCAUAUUGCCAACAUCCUAGAUUCUGAAAACCCUUACACUGAAUUUAUUCAGAGUAAAGUUCGAGAGGCCAUCAACAGAGACCAGCUUCCAACAGCCGGAGACUUCCAAAAAUUUUCACGGAACUACCAGGCAUUCAAAACUCUGUCGAUACCAUGGGAAAAUAAUCCUGUUAUGGGACAACUCGAACGAAAUCUGAUUUUUGAGCCAGGAAGCUAUGUACCGAGGGAAUCAAUGCUAAAAACAACACUAGAGGUUGUUGGAAUGAGACCUAUGGAUCUGUUUGAGAUUGGUUUGGAUGGGAAAAAUUUUGAGCCUACAUUAGAUGCCAUGUUCGGACCAAAAGGGUUCUUCCCUGAUAGUGCCACCAAAGCUUUGUACUGGAUUGACGGCAAAGUACCUGACCAAGUUUCCCAAGUACUCUUUGACUAUUUUGGAUAUACCAAGGAUGGAAAGCAAGACCAGGAUGUUAUGAAAGCAGUCAUGCUUAAUUUUGAAAAACUGAUCAAGGAAAUUGUCAACAAAGAUUCACCUGAAGCUAAAGCCUACCUCCGAAUCCUUGGGGAAGAGCUGGGCUACUUGAAACUUAGUGACAUAAAGUUAGUGGGGAAUCUGAUAAUGAGAAGCCUUAGAACUCUGGAGACUGGGCUUGAGAAGAUCACACAGGCAGUGUCAAAGGGGACGGAGAAUGACCUUUUCGCUCACUAUAUCUUCAUGGACAAUGAAUUUGAGCUGCCAACUGGGGCAGGAUUGCAGCUACAGUUUGCUCUGUCUGGAGUAGCUACUCCAGGGAUGAAGGCUGGAGUGAAAAUUUCACAGAGGAAUAUGAAAGCAGAACUGAUUGCUAAACCUUCAAUGGCAAUUGAGUUUGUAACACAUCUAGGAGUGAACAUCCCUGAGUUUGCUAGAAGCGGUGUGCAGAUGAACACCAACAUGUACCACGAGUCUGGAAUUGAAGCCCAUGUUGGGGUGAGAGCUGGCCAGCUGAAAUUAACUAUUCCUGCACCAAAAUCUCCAACCAAGCUCUUCAGCCUCAGUAAUGUCUUGCACUUGGUCACCCCAACCCGAACUGAAGUGAUUCCCCCUCUGAUCGAGAACAGAGAAUCCCAGACAUCUUGUACUCGUUUCUUUGCUGGUCUUAACAUGUGUGUCAGAGUAGAAUACUCCAACGCAAGUUCCACAGAAGCAGCUCCUUAUUAUCCUCUCACUGGAGAAACCAGAUAUGAAGUGGAAAUCCAGCCAACAGGAGAAGUAAAGGAAUAUACUGCAAGUGCUAACUAUGAACUAAAGAGAGAGGAAGAGGACUUGGUAGACACCAUGAAAUUCAUUGCUCAAGCUGAAGGUGUAAAGAAAAGUGAAGCCACAUUGACCUUGAGAUACAACCGAGGCAAACAUAUUUUUACGAGUGACCUUGAGAUUCCCAGUUUUGAAAUUGAUUUUGGUACCAACCUCAGAAUUACUGAUUCUUCCACGGAGCAAAGGAAAGCAUAUUCCUUCAUCUUAGACAUCAACAACAAGAAAAUUCCUGAAGUUACUCUCACAGGACGUAUAGGAUAUCAGGCUGGGAGAGAGUCAUCAAUAGAAGCUUCAGUCUCAAUUCCUCGCUUGCAGACUCAGGCUAAAACAGAUGUAUCACUGCUGCAACAGUCUAAUGGAAUCAUCUUCCAGAUUGACUCUUCAGCCACAGCACACGGCUCCUCAGUUUCGGAGAGAAUUGUUUUGAGAUACGAUAAUGAAAAAAUUGAAGUGCAGUGGAAUUCUGGCACAAGUGCUGCCCUGAAGAAAAUGUCGGGAAAAUUGCCAAUAGAUGAUUACUCCAAGGCUUUGCAGAGGCAAACGAGUGAGCUGUUGGACCGCAAAGUUGCCAAUACAGAUAUGACAAUCCGACAUAUCAUUUCACAUUUUAUAACAGCAACUAAUACAUGGCUACAUCAGGCAUCCAGAGAUGUUCCAUAUGCUCAACAGCUAAAAGAUAAAUUAAGUGGAUUCCAGGAUCUAAAUUUUCAGAGCAUGAACCUUAUCACCAUUCCUGAAGAGCUUUUCUUGAGAAGCGAUGGCCAGAUUAAAUACAUUUGGAACAAGGAAAAGGCCGUUUUCACCAUCCCAGUGCCUUUUGGUGGCCGAUCAUCCUAUGACAUAAAAAUGCCCAAGACUGUAAGAACACCUCCAUUGGUGAUGGAAUCAUUGGGAGUGAGCAUGCCUUCCCAAGAGUACAGGAUCCCACGAUUCACCAUCCCAGAGUCCUACACACUGCAGGUCCCUUUGCUCGGCACUUUUGAGAUCUCUUCGAAUGUGUACAGCAAUUACUACAAUUGGUCAGGUUCCUACUCUUUGGCUAAUACCACAAGCGAGGCCUACAUCCUGAAAACAAGCUACUUCAUGAAAGCUGAUUCUGUUUUGGAUCUACUUUCAUAUAGCACGCAAGGUCAGGGUGAAACCAAAUAUGACAGGAAUGCGUUCACCUUUGAUUAUGAAAACUUACUGCAACACAGUCUCCUCAAUUCAAAUUUUAAAAUCAGCAGACUAGACAUUAUUGAACCCAGUCACAUUACCAGAUAUAGAAUUACAGCUGGGGCUUCCAGUCCUUUAGGUGCCAAGUUUUCUCUGUCUUACAGUGGAGAUGCCAAAAUUAGCAACAUGUUGCUUACUGCAAAUGAAAACUUGGAAAGUCAACUGGAUAUUGCUUCAGCCUUUGCAAAAGUCACAUACACAGAUACAGGCACCUAUGAUUUAAAUAGCAAUGCAAUAGUAGGGGAAUCCAACCUCAAUUUUGAUUCUUCAUUCCUUCAAGCUACUAAUCAGAUAACCAAGAGAUUUACGGAUGAGGUAUGGGCAAUCACCUCCAUCUCCAAUGUACAGAAUGGCUUUUUGACUAACACCGCUUCCUUGAAGUAUCAAGACAGCAAGUUGAUGUUGUCAUCCGAGACAGCAGGAAAACACAGGGACUAUACAGCUUUCAAUAAGUUUGACUUAACUCUACAGAGGCAAGGGGCUGCAGUAAGCUCUGAGUACCGGGCUGCUUGCACACAAGGCCAAGGUUACGCCUUGAUUUCUGGCUCUGUGAAUAACCGAGGUGUCGAAUUGAUUAGCCACAUGUUGGCAAGGGGGGAAAGAAACAAAGCAGAGCAUAAGUCCACAUUAAGUAUCAACCAAGAUGGGCUGACUAGCAGCGCAACAACAACACUGCAGUAUAACCCACUGAUACUGGAGAAUGAAAUGAAUGCCCGCAUUGCCACCACUGGAGCCUCCAUGAAGCUCAAUACUAAUGGACGCUUUGGAAAACACCAUGCAAGAUUUGACUGGGAUGGGAAAGCAUCUCUUAAAGAAAUAGGGAUUGCCAGUGUCUACCAGGGCAGCAUUUCUGACGUGGACAGCAAGAACACUUUAAACUUCAGGGUGAAUAAAGGAGGGCUGAAGUUAUCAAACAGCUUGAUAGGAUCAUACAAAGCAAUGAAGCUUGAACACACCCAUGACCUAAAUAUUGUGGGCUUGGCUUUGACUUAUACUACAACUUUAGACCACACCAUCAGCCUAGAUAAGUCCCACAAACACCGCUUGGAGAUGCAGCUGCAGCCCUAUUCUCUUACAGCAAAUGUGAACAGUGACUUGAAAUAUGCCAGUGCCAAUGCAAACAACAAAGCCCAGCUGCAACUUGAACUUCUUAAAGUAAAUCUGGAUGGUAAUGUGAAAGCUGCUUAUGGUGGUGAUGAAGUGAAACAUUCCUAUACCUUCACCUAUGCAGAUCUGGCAGCACAUCUGAAAACGGACACAGUAGCAAGCAUUCAAGGGGCAGCUCUGAUGCACAGAGUUAAUGUGGAUGUUGCAGGACUCUCCUCCUCAGUUGCCAUCAAUAGUAACUGUAAUUCAAAAUUCUUAACCUUUUCUAAUGAAAUGCGAUCUGUUGUGGCUCCAUUCACUGUCACCUUUGACAUGCAUACUAAUGGUGAUGGAAGACUCUUGGCCUUUGGAGAACAGUCAGGACGGCUGUACAGCAAAUUCUUGCUAAAAGCAGAACCUCUUGCCUUCACUUUUUCACAUUUUUACAAAGGAUCCACUGACCACAACUUAAACUCAGGGAAGAGAUACAAUACAUUACUUGAUAAUAAAGUUGUUGUCAUUUUUACUCCAUCAGAGCAAAGCAGCACAUGGACAAUGAAGAGCCAACUGAACAAUCAGGCAUACACCCAAGAUCUUAAUAUUUUUAACAAUGCUGAAAAAAUUGGAAUGGAGCUGAGUGGACAAACUUUAGCAGACCUUUCCGUACUGGAUUUCCCUAUAAAUAUACCAUUCGCAACCACUAGAAGAAUCAAUCUGAUUGACACUUUUGAUUUAAGAGAAAAUCUAGCACAGCCUCAAGAAUUUGGCCUCUCCCUUUCUGUGAAGUAUGAUAAGAAUGCAGAUGUCCACAUCAUCAAUCUACCUUUCUUGGAAAAUUUGCCAGCACAUUAUGAACGGUGCAGGCAGUCCAUCCUAACUGUACUGAAGUCUAUUCAGAUGAACCUAAGGAGCAUAAAUAUGGACCAGUACAUGAGAAAAUACAAAGCAACAUUAGAUAAAAUUUCCCAAGACAUAAAUAGCUAUGUGAACACCAUUGAUUUUGAAAAUCGAAUGACUAUGCUAAAGGACAAAUGGGAGUCUUUCUUGAAAGAUUAUAGCAUAACAGUAGAGGACCUACAACAUGCUUUGGAUGGUGCUAGAAGUAGUCUUGACGAAGCUUUGUCUCAACUGCAAACAAUCCUGACAAUAGCUGACAACUAUAUUAGAGAGAAUUAUGACUUGAAAGCAACUAUUGUACAACUUAUUGAACAGAUUAUUGAAAAAAUGAAAGUUAUAGACCAACAAUACAAAAUCAGCACUCAGAUAAUUGACACAAUUCAACAACUGCAAUCUGCUAUCUCUCAAUAUGACCCUAGCCAAAUAGGAAGCAAUGCUGCAGCUUGGGUUCAAAAUAUAGAUGCUCAGUACAAGAUCAAAGCUCAACUGCAAAAGAAACUAGACCAACUGAAAAGACAGAUUCAAAGCAUAGAUGCCCAACAAAUUGCAGAAAGUUUGAAGCAGCAAGUGGAUGCAAUUGACAUCAAAAUCCUUUUAGAAAAGCUGAAAGUGUCCUUGCCACUGGAAAAAAUGAAAGGCUAUCUUGAAGAAAUCCAAACUUUCAUUCUUAAUUUUUUGGAGGAUUAUGAAGUAUUUGAAAAGAUAAAUGUCUUUCAGACCAAAAUGCAUGAACUUAUUGUAAACUAUAAAAUUGAUCAGCAAGUGAAUGCUUUAAUAGAGAAAUUUAUUGAAUUCUCUAACCAACAGAGAAUCAAAGAAACCAUCCAAAAGAUAAACCUUUCCCUCAGAAAAAUAGACAUGAAGUCCUUCUUCAAUCAAGUACUUAAAUUCAUUGAUGAUGCAGUUCAGCAGCUCCAAACAAUUGAUUACAAAAAUCUGGUGGAUAAAGUCAACGAUUUCCUUGAUGAUCUUAUAAAGAAGCUAAGAUCCUUUGACUACAAUAAAUUUGUUGAUGAAACAAACAUUAAAAUACAAGAAGCAAGACAGAAAAUCAAUGAUGAAAUCAGGGCACUAGAGUUACCACAGAAAGUGGAAGCUGCAAAGCGAUACGUCAGAGAGGUCAGUCAUGUGGUUUCUCAGUACAUGGAAGAAUUAAAAGAUUCUAGAUUUGCUGUAAUUGUUAACUGGUUCAAUCUCCUAAGCUCUACCAUAACAGAUGAACUGAGGGUUAAGGUCGGUGAUUACCUGAAAGAUGCCCGUGAUCGGAUUUAUCAAAUGGACAUUGCAAUGGAAUGCCAGCGAUACCUUGAAAGAGCAAGUCAGUUAUACAAUACCAUAAUUACCUAUCUAACUGAUCAAUGGUAUAUUGCUUCAAAGAAGAUUACUGAUUUAGCAGAAAAGUACAAUGUGAAAAAUAUGGCUGAAAGUUUGAACCAGUUUGUUGAAACCGGUUUUAAAGUUCCUGAAAUCUCUACAGGCGUAAUCAACAUUCCUGCUUUUGAAGUUAGUCUCCGUGCCCUACGAGAAGCAACCUUUCAAACUCCAGCUUUUAUUAUCCCGUUAACUGACCUGCGUGUUCCUUCUUAUCAGGUAAACUUCAAGAAAUUGAAAGAAAUCAGAAUUCCAACCAGAUUUGAAACUCCUGCGUUUACCAUACUAAAUACUUAUAAGAUUCCAUCCUAUGUAAUUGAUUUGAAUGAAAUCAAACUGCAGGUUGUGAAGACAAUAGAUCAAAUAUUAACAAGUGACUUUCGGCUGCCACCUGCUGAUGCAUUUUUCCAAGAUCUGAGGAUGCAAGAUUUGUCUUUUUCAGACUUCUCUUUCCCAGAAAUGAAUUUGCCUGAGCUACAGAUACCUGAAUUCAUAAUCCCAAAACUAAAUUUAAAUGAUUUCCAGUUCCCAGAUGUGCAGAUACCAGAAUUCAAGUUGCCACGUAUUCCACACUCUGUAACUGCUCCUACAUUUGGAAAACUAUCUGGUGCCUUUAGAGUUGCUUCUCCUUUCAUCACAUUGACCACCAAUGCCGGUUUUCAAAAUGUAACAGCUUUUGACCACAGUCCAGAAUUUAUGGCUUCUAUUUCAGCUAUUUCAACAUCCAAAAUCAACUUCCUUGCUUUCACCAUAACUGCAGAUACACAUCUCUUGGCACCUGAGAUGCAGCGGUUAAUCCUAAGGAACAAUUUCAAGUUUUCCCAUGUCUACGUUAAAGCUGAUCAUGUUGGUGAAAUAAUAUUUUCAAGGACUUCUGUUGAUGGCAAUGCUGAAACAACAGCAAACCUCCGUAUAGAAAGAAAUGCAUUAGAUCUGCACAACAAGUUGACACUCAACCUGCAAAAGAAAAUCUCCAUGGAGAGCAAGACAACAUAUACACACAGCCUAAAUAUUCCAGUGGCCCUAUUCACCAGCCAAGCUGAACUGAGCAAUGAAAUAAAAACAGUACUGGAAGCAGGACGCAUAGCACUUACUUCCAUUGGUAAAGGAGACUGGAAAUGGGCUACUUAUGAUUAUUCUGAUGAAGGAACCCAUGAAUCAACUGUCAGUUUUACUGUAGGAGGAUCUGUAGCUGCAUUAGUAGCAGAAAACAAGAUAAAUGAUAAGUACUUGAAGGUCAACCAAAGACUGGCAUAUGAAUAUAAUUUACCUAGUUCUGCAAAGUUACAGAUCGAGUCUACAGUAGAAUCUCCACAACUGGGGCAUAGUACCAUCAACAUACAAGGCACAGGCAAUCUUGCAGAAAUGAAAAUGAAAGUAACUGGCACACAAAAUGCUAAAAUGAACGGACGCAUCUCUGGGACUCUGAAUAAUGAUGUGGCUUUCUCAGUACAGCCCUUUGAAGUAAGUGCAUCAACAAAUAAUGAUGCAAAUAUAAAAAUUAGUCUCCUACCAAAAAUGACUGGCAAAAUUGAGUUCCUGAAUAACUAUGGUUUGAUGCUGAGUCCCUCUACUCAACAAAUCAGCUGGGUAGCUGAGGGUAGAUUUAACCAAUACAGAUAUGCUCACAACAUGUCUGCCAGUAACAAUGAAGAUCUCAUCGGAGCUUUUCUGUCUAUGAAUGGUGAUGCUAACUUGGAUUUCCUAACAAAACCCAUUUCACUUCCUGAACUAGCUGUUCCCUAUGUUGGCAUCCAGACACCCAAGGUUCAAGAAUACUGUCUGUGGGAAGAAACAGGGCUGAAGACUUUACUGAAGACCACAAAACAAUCAUUUGACUUAAAUCUAAAAGCUCAAUAUAAGAAGAACAAAUAUAUGCACUCAUUUCAAAUUCCUUUAGAUGGAGUACAUCGAGCAAUCAAUAACUACAUUGUGUUCUUCAACAAGCAUUUUGAGAGAGGCCGGGACAAUGCCUUGGCAUUCCUGACGAAAUCAUAUAACCAAGCCAAGACCAAUUUUGACAAAUACAAAGUUGAUACUUCUGUGAAUCAAAUCCCACAGAUCAUCAGGAUUCCAGGAUACACAAUUCCAGUGGUCAACAUGGAGGUCUCUCCCUUUACAGCAGAGCUCCCUGCCUUUGGCUAUAUCAUCCCAAAAGAAAUGAGCACCCCAAGUUUCACAGUCCCACUUGUUGGCUUUUCAGUGCCAUCGUAUACAUUAGUCCUUCCAUCAUUGGAGCUACCAGUCCUUCAUGUUCCCCAAGGCCUACAGACCCUUAAGCUUCCCAGCUAUCGAACAUAUGCACCAUCCAACAGAAUCUACAUUCCGGCCUUAGGAAAUAUUACUUAUGAAUUUUCAUUUAAAUCUAGUGUGAUUACCCUGAACACAAAUGCUGGGUUUUUUAACCAAUCUGAUAUUGUUGCUCAUUUGAGUUCAUCUUCUACCUCUGUGAUUGAUGCCCUGCAAUAUAAAUUGGAUGGAACAACCAGCCUUACAAGGAAGAGGGGUUUGAAGCUAGCAACUGCAUUAUCCCUGAAUCAUAAAUUUAUUGAAGGCAACCAUGACAGCACUAUCAGCCUCACAAAGAGAAAUAUAGAAGCAUCAGUGAUAACCACUGCAAAAAUCAAUAUGCCUGGCUUAAAAGUGAAUUUUGGGCAGGAGCUUAAGGGAAAUACAAAAUCAAAACCAAUAGUUACUUCUGCCAUUAAUUUAAAUUAUGAUUUGGAUACUGUUGCUGCCAAUGCCAAAGGAGAAGUUGCACACAAGGUCACUCUAGAAAGCAUUAUAUCUUAUAUAUCUGUGGAUACUUCGACCAAUGGGUUCAUUAAUGGAAACUUUUACAAAGAGAUUCCAUUUUCUGGAAAGCUGGUUCAUGAAGCAAAUGCCUACCUAAAUGCUAAAGGUGCUCGAGCCUCACUUCAGUUUGAGACUAACUCUAAUGUUGAUGAAAUAUGUAAUUUUGGUAUGAAAGAAAAUGUUGCCAUUGAAGCAUCUAGCCAACGUCUUUAUGCCUUAUGGGACCAUAAUGCAGAAAAUAAACUAUUUCCCAAUCUGAUUGUUUCAACUAAAGGAAAUCAGAAUUGCAAAGUAACUUUAGAACUAGGUUCACCCGGUAUGUCAGUAAUUGGUCAGAUACAAGCUACCCAGUCCAACAAUAUCAUUGGCGAGGCCUCAGCUAAUCAAGACUUUUUAACGACCAUCAGUAGUGAAAAUCAGAAGAUGAGCUGGACAAGUCAAAACCAAAUCUAUUCUCUGUUCCUUGGACACGACUUACUGUUAACAAAUAACAACACAGUUGCUCAAUUCACCAUGUCAGGAUCUUUGGGAGGUCACAUGGAUUUCCUCAGACACUGUUUGCCAAUUUAUGACAGAAGCUUAUGGGACAUCUUGAAAUUAGAUCUCACCACUAGUGGUGGAAGGCAAUACCUCAAUGUAGCAACAGCCAUAGUAUAUACAAAAAAUGAAGAUGGGUAUUUUAUCCCCAUAAAUGUGGAUCAGCUUACAAGCCUGCAAAUUCCGUCUUACACCAUUGACCUACGUCAAAUUACAGUUCCUGAAACAUUGUUCACCAUGCCAUUUGACAUCGCAUUGCCUUCAUUGCCAAAAAUCCAGUUCCCUCAAUUAGAUAUCCUAACAAGGUAUGUUGAUUCAGAAGAUUAUAAAAUUCCAUCCUUUCAGCUGACUGUACCAGAAUAUGUAUUAACAGUUUCCCAAUUCAGUCUUCCAAAGACGCUCUCUUUUGGUGAUAUGACUGUGGACCUUAAUGUUAUAGCCAAUAAGAUAGCUGACUUUGAUCUGCCAACAAUUACCAUUCCUGAGCAGCAGAUUGAAAUCCCAGCUUUCAAGGCGGUUUUGCCUGCUGGAAUUUACCUCCCCAAAUUUGGAGCUUUAGCUGGUUCUCUGGCGAUGGCUUCUCCACUUUACAGCACCACCUGGAAAAUGGAUUUCAAGAACAAAAAGAACUCCUUUGAGCAUUCCAUUGAUUUCACUGCAAUUUCACCACUGCAAUUUCUGGAAUAUGAUUUAGACGCUGUGACCACCUACUUAUAUCAAGGCAAUUUUUAUAAAGCAAGUGUUCAAGGCACCUUUGCGCAUCGUGACCUGAGUGCUGAAUACAAAGAAAUCCUAAUUGCACAAGGGCUAAGAGUCCUAGAACACAAAGCAUCUCUGGAUAUCACCAGCCCAACAUUCACUGACGUUCAAGCGCGUUACCAGGGAAGUGACUCAAAAAUUGCUACCUCAGUAUCUUCCUCAUCAGCUGGAACCCUGGGCCUCCUCAUUGACAUGGAUAGUGAUGUUUACAGGAGCAAGAUCUUCUACCGAUCUCAGUCAAACCCGGAGAAUGAUGUUGAUGUCUUAAAAAGUGAGAUAUCAUUCAAAAAUCCUGAACUGAUCCAGCUCAAGGCCAACUGGAAAACAGAUGGAGCAAUGGACUUACUCCAAGGGUUUAAGGACAGAGUCCCUAAAAUGACCAGUGCUUUAUACAAUGCUGUUGACAAAUACCACAAGGAACAUACAGGAAUGGAGAUGCGUGCUGUGGCUUUAAAGCUCAACGACAACCUGAGACACAGUAUAGAUUCAGCUUAUGAAAACACUUUGAAUGAUAUCAGUGAACUGCAACAACAGCUUCAUGUGGUAACUGACCAGGCAACUGGGAAGUAUGAAACUAUGAGGAAAAGAGCCAAAAAGUUGUAUUAUGAUGCUGCAGAUCAAGCCAACCAGAUUGACUACGAACAACUCAGAGCCAAAAUUUUUGAUGCCACAAUGCAGACAAUAAAAGAAUACAAUAAAAGGAUAAGGCAUCUUAUCGAUUCUGCCAUUGAAUUCCUGAAAGUUUCAAGAUUCCAGGUGCCAGGAGUGGAUGGGAAGCAUACUGGUGAAGAACUUUUUGUGAUGGCUACUGAAAAAUUGAGCAGAGCUGUAGAUGUCGGCAUUGCAAAAGUACAAGAAUAUUUUGAUGCUUUCAUUGCAUUCAUCAAUGAACUAGAGGUUAAAAUACCAGCUUCCAGCCAGAUCAUUAAAGGUAGUACUAUAGUUGAUGAAAUCAAAGGAUUUCUAAAUCAUGUACGAAACAAAGUUGGUGGGUUAUUUGCUGGGCUUCAGGAAAUUGACUUUGCACAACAUCUCAGAGACCUAAAAGAGGUCAUUCAGCAAGUCUUCCAGAAAGUGGAAGAGCUGAUCAGAAAUUUACAAGCCCAAAAUUAUGAAUAUAUCAGCGUUCAGGCAAAACAACUGUUCACAGAGGCUUUACAAGGAGUGAAGAACUUAGCAGAAGAGAGAAAAAACUGGACUCUUCGCAUUGAAAACUUCAUCCAAAGUAUUGUAGAAACUUGUUCCAACAAAGGAGAAGAACUUCUGCAAAGUCUGAAAAAUCUGCGGGAGGAAUAUUUUGAUCCAAGCGUAGUUGGAUGGUCUGUCAAAUACUAUGAAGUGGAAGAGAAAGUGAUGGCUUGGCUGAUGAGCUUGAUCAAUGCCGUGAGGGAAUUGCAUAAGAAAUAUGUUUCUGGUUCAGCUGAUUUGAUUGUCCGCCUGGCAGAUAAAGCACAAGAAUUUGUGGACAACCAUGAACAAAUCACAGAGUUCUCCAGGUCUGCUCAUGACAAAAUUCUGUAUUGGUCUCAGACUGCUAAGAAGAGUGCUGCUGAACAAAACAUACAGGUCAAGGAAAAGCUACAGGAGGCAUAUGAACACCUUUCCUAUGAGAGGCUCAUUACUAACACCAAAAAAUUGGUCGACCUGGUAAUAGAUAAUUAUGCUGCAUUCCUCCAGGAUCUCCAACAGCUCCUCCAUCAGUUCGAGGAAGCAGCAGCUGAUACCCUGAGGCCCUAUAUAAUGGUUCGCCAAGGAGAACUCAGAAUAGACAUACCAAAACCAUUUGACAUGCCAUCUGUUAACUCCUUUUAUCAACCUCCCCAGUUAAGAGAGGAUGAUCUCCACAAGAAAUGAACUAUUUCAGCACAGCAUUAAUCAAAGCUCAAAUAUAUAUAUAUACACACACAUAUAUAUAUAUACACAUAAAAAGGAGAAGAGCUCCAGAGUUUCACUGAACUCCAGAUUUGUGCUGGGCAACUGACCGUUCAACAGAUUAUACAAGCGGUACAUAAACUUGUACAAUCCUAAGUAGGCAAGCUGAUUGAGAAAAGCUUUUACAACACCAUAUUUAAAGCCAGCAAUCCAACGAACAUUGUAUUUUUGGAAUAUCAAAAAGUUACUUAUUUGCAUUUGGUAUUUGUACAAUGAAAACGGAAUAAUCUGUGAGUUAGUAUAAUGCUCUUCAUAAGCAAUAAAUGAAUUCUUUAUGACAUAUCAGUGUUCUUUAUUAAAACCAUGUAGGACAUAGUUUAUGAUUCCAGUUUUUGUCAUUGGAAGUCCUGAGCUAAAUGAAUACUACAGAAUGAGAAAAAGCAUACAUGAUAAAGGUCAGAAUAAGCUAAAGAAAGUUAAUUAUCAAUAACAAGAAAAAAACAUAGGUGUACAUAAUUAUUCAAGGAAGCAAGAGGAAAAUAUGCUAGAUGUGCAUUCUGUGCAAAACAAAAAAUGAACAGAGUGAGAGAAAGCACAGUGGUAGUCACUAGUCACAUUAAAUCUGUCUACAAGUAAAGUAGAGUGCUUAUUUUUUCUGUCCUAAAUAUUCAAUUUAUCAAUCAAGCUCCUUCAUUGUAAAAACAAUUUAUUUUUCUUUAUCAAAUAUGUUCGUAUUUUCUGCAUUUUGUUUUUAUUUCUGGGUUGUGUAACACUUCCUUUUUGAGCCAAUUCAAGGUCAGCUCUUGUCUAGGCAUGCUUAAUCCAAGCUUGUCUGCUCCUUGUUCUAAGGGAUGUUUUACUGGCUUUUCUUUACUAUGACAGUGCUACAUAUCUAAGUAAAAGGGGGGGAAAAUCAACCAAUACAGUAUUUCAGAGGUCAGGAGCCCCCUUUGGGUAGCCCUGCAUGAGGCCUCAUCAAAAUUGUCCCUAAGAUUAAAAUUUAAGUUUUUGCAAAACACCUUAGCAUAAUAAUUUGUCUGGUAUUAUUAUUUUUUGCUGUUAAUCAACUAUGUACAUAACAGAGCUCAAAGUAAUGGGCCUCCUUUCCUCUCCCCUUCCCUUCCUGCUUCUAUCAGAAUAAACUCAUUUUGCACUAUUAGUAGAAA